UUUCAGUAGCUCUUCACUGGAGUUCGCGUCCUCGUUGUUUACUCGCUGCAUCCCUCCGCAAUGAGCAAGUGAAAAAUAUCGUAUGAAAGUUUAUCGGCGGGCAUGACCGUUUUUUAAACGGUCAGUCGCACAGUGGGCUCGCUUAGCCUUGCGUUUCGAAAAAUUCCACGGAAAUCGAAAGCACUGCGUUCGUCGCGUUUCGAAAAGAUGUUUUCGUACAAGCUAAAAUGCGUUUGUAUCAAGAUCAUUUUCGUGUUUUGUACAUUGUAUGUGAUAGAGUGCCACAGUGUACCGUGCACAUUCAACACAAUGUGCAUGUGUUGGGUGCAAGACGACCACGAGUACACAAAAAUGGAUAUCAGUUGUAUGGGAACACCAUUCGCCAGAUUUCCUGAUGUAUCCGUGAGUUACGUGGCUCAACUGGAUGUAAUCGGUUCCGGAAUGCAGGCGUUGGAUAACGAUGCGCUCACAAGUUCAGAGGACGUCGAAGCCUUGGGGUUGAUGAGCAAUCGGUUAUCCAAUAUCGGCGAAAAGUCGUUUUCAGGUAUCGCGGACAGUUUGCGUUCGCUGGAUCUCAGUUACAAUGCCCUGGAGGACGUACCUUUCAAGGCCUUCCACGACUUGAGAAAAUUGAACUGGCUGAACAUGCACAGCAAUCAUCUAACGUCACUAGACGGCGACUGGGGUCACACGAAGGAAACAUUAACAAACGCGUUCUUCGGGGACAACUCGAUCAUCCAAAUCCCGAAGAUAUUCUCCACAUUCGAGUCCUUGGUUUGGCUGAACCUCGACAACAACAACAUCGAGGACAUAUCAGAGAACAGCCUGCCGCCCAAAACGCACACGCUUAGCUUGAACAGCAAUCUUCUGAAACGCUUUCCGUCUUCGUUGAAAACUUUAAAGGACCUCACAUGGCUGUACCUUAGAGGCAAUGAUUUCAAAAGCCUCGAAUUGCCGGACUUUCAGAGCUCAAACCUGGAACAAGUCGACGUCAGCGAGAACUGCAUCGAAUGGAUUCGCGUGCCCAACGCGACGAAUCGCACUUUGAGGAUCAAAGACUUCAACUUGGACAGUAACAAGCUAUCGUCUUUGCCUGCUGGAAUCUUCGAUCAUGUUGAUAUCAAAAGGAUCCAUUUGUCUUCGAAUUUACUAAAGAACGUGGAUGACGAUGCUUUCCGAGGACUCGAGGAUACCCUAGAGUAUUUGAACCUGGAGAACAAUGACCUGCCAAAUGUUCCUAUCGCUGUUAGUCAGCUGAGGAAAUUGUCGUAUCUGUACCUUGCCAAUAACGACAUCAGAAAUAUCUCCAGCGACGCAUUUCAGGAAUUUGCGGAGAAUUUGCGAGCCCUUUCCCUGGCUACCAAUAACUUGGAUACUGUUCCUGUUUCAGCUUUGUACAGAUGUCAGAGGCUAUUGCACUUAAAUCUUGGUUAUAACAAGAUCUCUUACGUACAACCUGGAGACUUCGACUGGGCGGAGGAUCUUGAAAUUCUGUUGCUUAGGAAUAAUAUCCUGACGAAAUUGAGCAAAGAAACUUUUAAAGGAGCAAAUAAUCUAAAAGAACUAAGCUUGUCUUUCAAUCAUCUAACCGAACUGGACGAUGACUGUUUCAUCGGCAUCGAGGAGAGCCUCGGCAUUCUCGAAUUAAGUUUCGCUUUUGCAACCGACGUUUUCCCUCAACGGGCCCUCAGACCGUUGUCAAAUUUACUUUGGUUGGUUUUGGACAACAACAAUUUUCAAACAAUAGAAGCUACCGCGUUCUAUUCCUUCCAAGAGUUGCGAUACAUUAAUCUGGAAUCAAAUCGACUUCACUAUCUACCAGAAAGAAUAUUUCUGUCCAGCGUUCAUCCAGAACUGAGGGACGUGAAGCUUGGCUACAAUUUUCUGGAAGCAAUACCAGAAUUCAGUUUCCACAAUCUGACCGAGUUGAGAUCGUUGGAUCUAACAGGGAACCGGAUAAAAGUGCUCACGUCCGAGUCGAUCAUCGAUUGCCCGAAACUGGUCACGAUCUCGUUGGCCUACAACAGAAUAUUUAAGAUGGAGAGGAACGCGUUCUACGGUCUGCCCAGUUUGCGUUUCCUUCAUCUCGAGUUCAAUAAGCUGACUAGCUUGGAUCUAGAAGCGAUCUCAGAGAUUGGAGGGCCAGAUUUCGCGUUGAAUGUCUCCUAUAACGCGAUCUCGAUCAUACAUUCAGCAGGAUCGAUGAAUAACUUAACGAGAUUAGACUUAGGCUUCAAUAACAUUAGCUACUUGCCUGCUGAUACUUUUACUAACACGCCGGAUUUGAGAAGCUUGGACUUGAGAAGCAACCUGCUGACUAUUCUUGAACCAGGUACCUUUGAGCUACGCCAUUUGGAAACGUUGAAUUUACAAGACAACAAAAUAGAGAGCUUACGAAAGCAAUCCUUCCACGGCUUAGACCUGCUGCAGCAGUUAGAUUUAAGUGGCAAUCAGCUCAGUCAACUAUCUGCCGAGCAAUUCCGAAAUUUGAAUAACCUUCGAAUCUUGAAUCUAGCUGGGAAUAGAAUAAGAUCAUUGCCUAAAGACGUUUUCGAAGGAACCAAAUUGGAAAUUCUCGAUUUGAGCAACAAUAAAUUCACCGUGGUUCCUUCGUCGUCUUUCUUGGAGAUAGGUUACACUUUGAGGGACCUCGAUAUGGCGGACAAUUACCUGGACCACCUCGACUCCACCGCUUUUCCGACUUCGCAACUGGUCUCAUUGAAUUUGGCGCACAACAGAUUGACGAUACUUCCAGACAACUCUUUCGUUUCUCUUGGAAAGCUUUUAAGGUUGAACAUUUCCAACAGCGCUCUUCAAGCGAACUUUAAGGAGCUUUUUCACUAUCUGCCCGGUCUUAGGCAACUUUUCAUGGCGAACUGUGGCCUCAGAGACGUUCCUCUUCUUCCUUUGAUUAAUUUGAACGUGUUGGAUUUGUCUUUCAAUCACAUAGACUCGACGCCUGAUAAACAGUUUCAAUAUUUGAAAAGUUUGAAGGUUCUUUUCCUGCUGAACAAUUCGCUGACCUCCAUGCCAAAUGUGAAAUUGAAUCUAUUGAGGGAGUUGGACGUUUCUGGAAAUCCUAUAGAGGAACUAACAAAGGAGAGCUUCAUGGGUUAUCCUAGGCUGGAGGAUCUGAAGCUAAGAAGUCUGAAUAGAACUAGAUCGGUGGACAAAGAUUGCCUUCGUGUUCUGAAAUACUUGAAGCACCUUUGCAUUCAGACCUGGCCUGAAGCGGAGGGCUUUCAUCUUCGCCAUUUGUUAACCGGAUUGCCAUUGAGAACCGUCGAGAUACAAGUCACAGAACAUUUAUUGAAGCACCAGAUACAGAACGUUUUCUCGAAGCAGCUCAGAGAGCUGACUAUUUCUGGCAGCGAUCUCGAGGCGAUUUCUUCGGAAGCGUUCUCCACUAUCGAAGGUGGCGAACUGAUACUGCGGAUAAAAGACACUCGCGUUCGCAGAUUACAAUCGGACAUGUUUCUUUCUUUAACGAAAAGAUUGUCCCAAUUGACGUUGGACCUGAGGAACAAUCACAUAAACGAACUGAGCCCGUCGGUUAUUUACGGGAACCUCUCGUGGGAAAGCGUUGGGACCAAUAUGGUUGCCGGAGGAUUACAAGUAUCAGGAAACCCUCUGGAAUGCGACUGCGAAAUUGCCUGGCUCAGUUUAUGGUUGCGAAGAUGGCUGAGGGAGUCCCGACAAAUUCACACGGCUUCGCAGUCAGACGCUAGGCAACUGAGAAUGAUUGCUGGCAGAGCGGUCUGCACCGAGACGACGCCAUCUUACUCAUCGGACAAAGUUUUAUUAACGUUAGGAACUCCGCACACCGCUUGCCAAGCUUCCGCCCUUAGCUCCGGCAAUUACGAGAGGCUCGCUACCACUUGGCUAGCUAUAGUCGAAGUGGUCCUUCUGACAGUAAUAGUCAAUUGAAUUCGGUACUCAUCGAACUAGCCUAGAAAAACCGGUUUGACGCCAUUUUGUCGACGCGUUUAGAAGAGAGAAGAACGUGUCUGCAAGUAGAAGCUGCCGAGGUUUAUCGAUAUUUUUGUAAAUUUCCCACGACCGACCGUUUUUACAUGACUAUACAGGGUGUCUGUUCUCAAAUAAUCCACACAAACAAUUAUCUUCGUGAAUUUCGAGUUACGAUGAUAGAAAAUAACAUUACAUGCAAUUUGAACGUAUUGAAAGAUGUAUAUACAUUACAUAUGAUAUUUUGUUCAAUUUUUGGAACCGUUAUUAUUUCGUUUGAAUAUUAUGAUUGGCGUUAAAAUGUGCGUAAAAUUGAAUUAGAAAUUGACGUCCAUCGAGAUCUAAUGAAAUACUAUGAAAACAUCUAUUCGAGUUGUAUGUGAGGUUGGAGAAUACGUUUAGGUGGCUUAAUUUAGACGGAACACCUUGUACAUGUGUAUAUAUUUUGUAAAAUAGUUAACAUUGUUUACUUACCGUUAUUUUAUACCAAAAUCUUUUCUUUCCGAUUCACACCUGCAGUAGUUUCGACGAAUUUUCAAAUCAUCCUCUUCGAUCAUGAUAAACAAUCGAUUCAUUUUCAUUCGAAAUUCGCAAGCGUUUUUGCAAGAAAACGAUGAAUCUAGCAAAUGAAUGAACACGGGAUGUAAUUUUCACUCGUAACAACACAUUUAAUACUGUCCGCAUCGUUUUCGUAGUGGAUAAAAUAUUUCAAACCGAUGAAAAUUUUUCUACCGCAGAAUUUUAUAUCGAAACUGUAACACAUAGAUCAGCUGGACCUCGACGUUGUACUGUAUACCAUGUUAGGCACUCUAUAUUUUCAGUAGAUCGUUGAAUGAUACACAUUAUGCAUCGAGAAUUGAUCGACCAUUUGUCAUUUUCAAUCCCUCGCUCUCGCGCCACCGAAGGGAAUCAAAUGUUACUCGGACAUUGUUCGCAACGGAUUGACGAAUAAUACGCAUUGGAUCUACACACGGAUCUCCGUAGAACAAUAGUUUUGCUUAUCGGGCCUAUGACCUGUAUCACGGACACGACAAAACCAUAAAAUGAAAUACACUGUACAAUUAUUCCGAAAUCACUGUUUUUCCAUCGAAUUUGAAAAGAGAAGAAACAGAAAUAUAUGGAGACGAGCUUACACCAAAUAUUCGUAUAAUACAUAGAAUUGUGAACAAUAAAAGUCAUGGUUUUUUGUAUGUACCGUUAUAAAAUAAAAUAAAAUAAAAUAAAAUAAAAUAAAAUAAAAUAAAAUAAAAUAAAAUAAAAUAAAAUAAAAUAAAAUAAAAUAAAAUAAAAUAAAAUAAAAUAAAAUAAAAUAAAAUAAAAUAAAAUAGAGAAUAGAAUAAAAUAGAAUAGAAUAGAAUAGAAUAAAAUAAAAAUAAAAUUAGAAUAAAAUAAAAGAAAGAACUAUGCUUAAACGCUACGCAUGUUUUCCUCGCUAUCACUCUAACAAAUCAACAAAACGAGGUUCAAAAUUCAACUUUUUCCGAUCCGUUCGAGGAAUCUCAUUUUAUUUACACAAAGAAGAGGGAAAAAAAGUUGUCAUGGUGGUUUCGGGGGAUAGUUGUGCGUUUUAUACAAAUGACAAAAGAAAGGCAAAGAGUACUCGCGUAAAGGGGAUACAGGGUAAAAGAAAGAAACAAUAAGGGGCAAAUGGAACAAAACAGAAACAAAAAGACAGUAGAAUUGGUAUCGGCGAAUAGAAAAUUUUUUUAGCGACACGUCAAUAUGAUGGAUUGCACAUUUUGUCCAACUGAUCAUGGAUAUUCGCGAUUUUCCUACGCGUUUUAUGAUAUCAGGUUGUCUCAUAAGUAACGUCGUCCUCUUAUCUUACCGUGUAAGGUACUUUUCAAUGCCAUUUCGUAAAUGGCGCUAAGCAAUUCAUCAAAAAAUAAAGAGAAACGAUGGUGGAUACGUCGAGGAUUAAAAAAAGACACGCAAGUAUCAAUGUUUUACACUAGAAGUCAGCGUAAAGUAACACAUUACUUAGGGGAUAACCUGAAAAACCGCGAAGAUCAGGAUAUUCCCUUCGCUAUUUGUUCAUCUUUUCUUUUUUUUCUUCUUUCUCUCGAGCUUCUCUUUAUACAGGCGGCGCUUGCGUGUGUUGCAAACAACCCUCGACGUUCUCGGGCCAAUCGCAGACGUUCUCGUUCGGGUUGAAGACCAGAUUGACCGGGCACGGCAUGUGAUGCUUCCUUUCUCCCUCGCACAUGUAAUACAUCGUGCAGUCGUUCUUAUCCGGGUGAUAAGAUAUGUGGUUGUCCUCCUCGUCGCACGUCACUUCGUUCGCUGCGAGAAGUUUUAUCGUUGUUUAGCGAUCACGAAAAUGAUUCGGAUGUUACGAUAAAAAGCAACAAGCUGUGGUGUCCGAGUGGUUAAGGAGUCAGACUCGAAAUCUGAUGGGCUAUGCCCGCACAGGUUCGAAUCCUGUCC